UUAUGGGAUAGGUCUAUGGGCAUGGAGUCCAAAUCAGUUGUGGAUUUAAUAGAAGCUUCCUCAGGGGUUCAUUUUUCUGGAUUUCACAUGAACGGUCUGCAGGAAAGGCAUUCAAAUGUGGACCAACCAACAACCUCUGCUACAGAUAACAUUCUUAUGCAACCUUUUGUCAUAGGGGUUGCUGGUGGAGCAGCAUCUGGUAAGACUACAGUUUGUGAUAUGAUUAUACAACAGCUUCAUGACCAGCGUGUUGUUCUUGUUAACCAGGAUUCUUUUUACCAUAAUUUGACACCAGAAGAACAUGCAAGAGUACAUGAAUACAAUUUUGAUCAUCCUGAUGCAUUUGAUAAUGAGAAACUUUUAGCUUCUAUGGAUAAGUUGAGGAAUGGGCAAGCAGUAGAUAUUCCAAACUAUGACUUCAAGAGUUACAAAAACAAUGUCUUCCCGCCUAGAAGGGUAAACCCUUCAGAUGUGAUAAUUUUGGAAGGCAUUCUCAUUUUUCAUGAUCCCCGUGUUCGAGAGUUGAUGAAUAUGAAGAUAUUUGUCGAUACAGAUGCUGAUGUUCGUUUAGCAAGGAGGAUAAGGCGUGACAUAGUAGAAAAAAACAGGGAUAUUGGUACAGUUCUUGAUCAGUACUCAAAGUUUGUGAAGCCUGCAUUUGAUGGCUUUAUUCUUCCUACAAAAAAAUAUGCUGACAUCAUUACUCCUCGCGGAGGAGUUUUCACGUGGCUAUUGAUUUGA